AAUCAUUUGAUCAGUGAACUUUUCUAUACGCGUUCUGCUAAACUUCGCCUCCGAUUUCUUUCUUGCACACUGCUCUACACAGAUCUUCCCGGAGCAGCGGAAUGCCAGGCCAACCGUGACUUUCUAGUCUCAGAAAUGUGUGAUGAAAUACAAGAAAUUAUCAGAGGCCUCCAGCUCACAGAGACUGAUGCUUCGGAAUUAUUCGAUGACGAUUUGGCAGCCAUUCACGUAACCAAGGCCACAUUAGAUAGUCGGCUCCACUUUGCAGACGAAUGGUUAAGAAAUCCAAAUACGGCUGUGGACAGCGCCGGUGAGAAAGCCUUACAUCAAGUGAUCAGUGCUGCGCAACGCCUAGCCAGUUUCUCGUCCAGUGAAUCGGAACGAAAAGCGAUUCUGGACUUGUGCAUGGAACUACAGUCACUGGGCAAUUCACUAAACGAAUGCCGACAGCGGGGUGAAGUGAGUUUCUAUACCACAAUCGCUUGUUCAAACAAGGUCGGAACCAUUCGACCGGUUUUCAUGUGCACGACGGCCGUUCUUUUCUGA